AUGACCGAACCUUCUCCGCCGCCGCCGCUGGCCGAUACGGCCGGAUGUCAUGGCGCCCUUGUCCGCUCGCCAUUCGCUACUUUGGCCCAUCCGUUCAGCCCAUCCCGUCCAGGCCGCCCACCGCCCUUGGCUAUCCCAUGGCUCCAUGUCGUAAUUAUCUUGCAUUAUUACGCUGCCGUUGUCCGCGCUCGUCCUCGUCGGCCGGCCCCCCCCAUCUCCGAUGAUCGACACGGGAUGUUCUGGGAUACCCCCCCUCGGUCGUGGCUUAGACUACACCGACAAACCCGGCAUUCGGCACACGCACUGCCCAGCAUCCCAUGUCCCCUCGCCCGACCAGCAACGUCAGGCAGACGCCGAGCGGUGCCGUCUGGACAGGGAGACGGCACCAACUCGUGCGGGUGGGACAAAACUGGGGGCGCAAGCAUGUCACGAUGUCGGUAUCAAUAUUCCACGGCACAGGCGCCCGCACACUCGGCCCGCAUCGAACGGGUCAUUGUCAUCUUGUCAUUCGCUGUCGCCUACUACAAACAUGCCUUGCUACAUAUGCUCACUGUCCGAGGGCUUCAAGUCAGAGAGCCAAUCGCUGUCGUCGCCGCCGCCAUCCAUAGCGGCAAUCCCGGCCGCCGCAUGGAGGAACAGCGCACCCCAAAAACCACAUGGCCGCCCUGCACCGGCGGCAUACCUGCCAUGCAAUGA